UGACUGGGAAAAAAGUAUCGGGAAUCUCUAUGCAAUGAGUAUGUUUCAAGAAAGGACCCACAUGUGGGGUUCUGGGUUUCUGGGCUGCCAUUAAUUACCCGCAUCGAGUUUUUCCAAGCGAAUUGCAUUCAUUGUUGUAUCUGCAGUUUAGAAGCAUGCAGUUAUUGUAAAUUGUGAAACAGCAUUUCUAGUUUCCUUUCUUUAAUUAUUGCGAUGGGUUUUGGUGUCUUAUACGACGCACAGCCAAAGGGCUGAGCUGUGGAAUCUUCGAGUGGUUAAAGAAAUUGGGAGCUUCUGUCAGAACAACAACUGGGGCUGUUUUGUUUUAUUUAUUUUUUUUAUGUGGAGGUUGACCUAGAAUUCGGGUCUGGUUUCGAAAAUUUUAAACGUUUUUACUCACUCCGGGACUGGGAUUUUGGGUCUGUAGCCAUCGGGUUUAAUAUAACCUCCUGUUUGGGAGGCUCCAAGCCUUCAGGAUAAAGAAACUGGAGGAGAGGGUAGUUCCAUUGUUGGUUUGGUUGUGCAUUUUGCUGCAACUACUGCGAUUUCAAUUCGAAAUUGGGUUGGGAUUAGGGUUUCUAUUAGGAUCAGUUGCACGUUUGCGUCGAAGAUCUCAGUAAGAACUACUCAGAGGAUUGGAUUAUUAUUUUUUUUUUCCUAUGGUUAUUCCGAAUCCAUUUUAUUAGGCUGAAGCUUUCCAAUUCACCCUAGCUAGCAUACAUUUUUAUUGAAGAGAUGGCUUGUGUGAAGUUGGGAUCCAAAUCCGAUGCAUUUCAGAGGCAGGGGCAAGCCUGGUUCUGUACAACUGGUUUGCCAAGUGAUGUGGUUGUUGAAGUUGGGGAUAUGUCAUUCCAUCUUCACAAGUUUCCAUUGCUUUCAAGAAGUGGGAUGCUUGAGAGGCUCAUUGCAGAGGCAUCUUCCGGAGAAGAAGCCGGCUGUGUUGUCAAGCUCGAUGACAUUCCCGGUGGAGCCAAGACGUUCGAACUUGUUGCUAAAUUCUGCUACGGUGUCAGAUUGGAACUCACCGCUGCAAAUGUGGUGUUCCUCCGAUGUGCAGCCGAGCAUCUUGACAUGAGCGAGGAAUACGUUGAGGGUAACCUUAUUUCUCAAACCGAGACCUUUCUCAAUCAGGUGGUUUUAAAGAACUGGAAGGAUUCAUUGAAAGUGCUCCAGACGUGCGAUGAUAUUCUUCCCUAUGCCGAAGAACUUCAAAUCCCGAAAAGAUGCAUCGAUUCUCUGGCUGCCAAGGCAUCCACUGACCCCAAUUUAUUCGGUUGGCCUGUGAUGGAGCACGGUGGCCCGAUGCAGAGUCCUGGCGGGAGCGUGUUGUGGAAUGGAAUCAGCACUGGUGCCCGACCAAAACAUUCGGCUUCAGAUUGGUGGUACGAGGAUGUAUCAACACUGAGUUUACCUCUUUACAAAAGGUUGAUCUCGGCCAUGGAAUCCCGAGGAAUAAAACAGGAGAUCAUCGCGGGCUCCCUUUAUUCUUACGCUAAAAGUUACCUACCUGGUCUGAACCGUCGUCAGGGAGCCACUGAGUCGAGCAAUCGCCUUCAUCCUGCAGGAUCGGUGUCUCUACUAUCUGAAGAGGAUCAGAAAAAUCUCCUAGAAGAGAUCGACAGCUUAAUCCCAUUGCAAAAGGGUCUUGUCUCGACAAAGUUUCUAUUUGGUCUGCUGAGAACAGCCAAGAUCCUAAGAGCAAAUCCCACUUGUGUAUUGAACCUGGAGAAGAGAAUCGGGAUGCAGCUUGAUCAGGCGACGCUCGAGGAUCUCUUGAUGCCAAAUUUCUCAAACUCCAUGGAGACACUGUACGAUGUGGACUGCGUGCAACGGAUUCUCGAUCAUUUUCUGGUUAUGGAUCAGGUCGUUGGCGAUGCAUCGCCGGGUUCCGUCAACGAUGGCCAGUUAAUGGAAUCGCCGUCACUGAUGCCAAUCACAAUGGUGGCAAAGCUAAUCGAUGGCUACCUUGCCGAGGUCGCCCCCGAUGUUAACCUGAAGCUUCCAAAGUUUCAGACACUUGCGGCCGCCGUUCCAGAGUACGCACGGCCAUUGGACGAUGGUCUUUAUCGCGCCAUCGAUAUUUAUCUCAAGUCGCAUCCAUGGCUGGCGGAAACGGACAGGGAGCAACUCUGCCGGCUAAUGGACUGCCAAAAGCUCUCGCUUGAAGCGUGCACUCACGCAGCGCAGAACGAGAGGCUGCCGUUGAGGAUAAUCGUGCAAGUCCUCUUCUUUGAGCAGCUGCAGCUGAGGACAUCCAUCGCGGGGUGCUUCCUGGUGUCGGAAAAUCUCGAUGGCGGGUCGAGACAGUUGCGGAGUGGAUUGGCGGGGGCGAACGACGGCGGGUGGGCGACGGCGGUGAGGGAAAACCAGGUGCUGAAAGUCGGGAUGGACAACAUGAGGAUGAGAGUUUCGGAGCUGGAGAAAGAAUGCUCGAGCAUGAAGGAAGAGAUCGAGAAGCUCGGGAAGUCGAGAGGGUUGACGACGAGCGCGUGGGGGAACGUAUCGAAGAAGCUGGGUCUUGGGAUGGGGUUGAAGUCCCAAAUGUGCAGCGCUGAGGAGGGAUCUGUGAGGAAGCAGGGAAAGAUGGUAACAAUGGAGGACAAGGACAAGGGCAAAAAUGGGAAGAAGACGAGGAAGAACAAGAACAAGAAUAGGAUAUGAUUCGUGUCUGAUCCAUCCAUCCAUCCAUCCAUCAUCCAUUCAUUAAUUGUUGGUUCGUUUGUUUGUUUGUUAACUGGUUCGUGUGCCUUCUUUUAAGUGUACUGUACUACCAUCGUCGUUCUUUCCCCUGUUCGUGGAAAUUAACGUUGUUAUGAUAAAUGCACACGAAUGCAUUACUGUAUUUCCCGCCGCCAUUGGAUAUAUUUUGACUCUCUAGGAUGAUGUAAUAAUGCAUUCAGCCC